AUAUACACCUCCGACUCCGAAUAAUAUCUGUCUCGCAGUCUUCUCUCUAUCGCUCUGACAACUGCAGUAGCAGUGAGCAGCAGCAGCAACAGCCCACGGCCUCGCGUAGUAGUCGUAUACACAGUCGUCGUCGUGUUCUGCAAUCUUCAUGUGCAGCGCGACGAGUGUGCAGUUGUGUGUGUACGUGUGCGCGUGCAGUUCGCGAGAAAAAAAUAAUAAUAAAUAAUUGUUAUUUAUCCGUUAACGAUACAACAACGCGCUGCCGCCGCCUCUAUACGUAGCGCAGUGUGUUGAUCCUGCAUCCGUGCACACGCGAGUGAGUUGUAUAUGAGUAUAAUAACUGUGCGUCGACCGUCCGUCCGUGCACCCGUCGUGUUUCUAUUAUAUUUAUUAUUAUAUAUAUAGUGUGCGCAUCGUUGCACCGGUGCUCUCUCUCUGUCUAUCUGCGUGCGUGUGUUCGCGACUCGUCGUCUUCUUCGGGGGUCAUCGACUAUAUACAUCGUGCACCAGCAUAAUAAUUCGAGACUCGCGAUCAAUCCCCCGCGCGCUGCACGUCGUCGACGACGAUGUAGCUCGUCGUCGCACUGUCAUCGACCUAGGCGCCUGCAAGUGCACCGGACUCCGAAUUUUCUCGUUUACGCGAUGAAAGAGAGCGCUGCACGCUGCACGAGGUCGACAGCAUCGAUAUGAGGACGAAAAAGGAUGCGAAGGACUCUGCCUCGACGAGAUCAGCAGCGUCGAAGAAGCAGUGGUGGUAGUGACAUUGUCCAGCAGCUCUGUCACUCGUACCUGCGCCGAUAGACGUACAUACAGGUACAUACACACAGAACCCCCUGAUAAGCAGCAGUUCGCUUCGAAGAAGCCAGAGAGAUACGCGAAUUUCGCCGAUACACGAUGUUCUUCAGUAAAUACAAAAGCAGCAGCAGCAGCAGCAACAGCAGCGACAGCGACAGCAGGUGCGAACGCAGAUGAUCUCGACUGCAGCGCAUCAAGCUCGAACUCGACGAGGAUACGGCAGCAGCCACGGUAGCAGCAGCUGCUCGUCACGGUGUCGUUGCUCGCGUCGCCGUCGCAUAGAUGUUAAUUCUAUAGCAGCCAAUCGGAGAGGCCAUUAGUUUCACCUCCAAACAUGGCCAGCAGUCAAGUGGAGUAUCAGUGGGCAUAUUCCAUCAUGGAUUCGUCGCGGGUAUCGACCUAUCUGAUAUCCAUCCUGCUGAUCGUCUACGGGAGCUUUCGCUCGCUCAACAUGGAGCAGGAGGCGCGCGAGCGCGAGAAGGAGAAGGAGCGGGCGAAUCUGCUUACGGGCAUGCCGAGCAACGGCGCCACCGCGGCCACGGAGAGCCAGCCCAAGGGCAUACUGACCCUCGACACGAUGCACGUGCUCUGUCUGCCGCUCGGCGCCUCCAUAUCGCUCCUCAUCAUGUUCUUCUUCUUCGACAGCAUGCAGAUGCUGUUCGCCAUCUGUACGGCCAUCAUGGCUACGGUGGCGCUGGCCUUCCUGCUGCUGCCCAUGUGUCAAUACAUAAUCCGUCCGUGCUCGGACGGCACCAAGAUAUCGUUCGGCGUCUGCGGCCGCUUCACCGGCGCCGAGCUGCUCUCGUUCUCGCUGAGCGUCAGCAUCGUCUGCAUCUGGGUGCUGACGGGCCACUGGCUGCUGAUGGACGCGAUGGGCAUGGGCCUGUGCGUGGCCUUCAUCGCCUUCGUCCGGCUGCCCAGCCUCAAGGUGUCCACGCUGCUGCUCACCGGUCUGCUGAUCUACGACGUUUUCUGGGUCUUCUUCAGCUCGUACAUCUUCAGUACGAACGUCAUGGUGAAGGUAGCGACUCGAGCCGCCGACAAUCCGGUGGGUCUCGUGGCCCGCCGUCUGCACCUCGGCGGCCAGGUGGCCCGCGAGGCCCCCAAGCUCUCGCUGCCCGGCAAGCUCGUGUUUCCCUCGAUGCAUCGCAGCGGCCACUUCUCCAUGCUCGGCCUCGGCGACGUCGUGAUGCCGGGCCUCCUGCUCUGCUUCGUGCUGCGCUACGACGCCUACAAGAAGUCGCAGCCGCUGCCCGGCGGCUGCGAGGCCGGAGUGCCGCCGCCGCGACACCUCAAUCGCAUCACCUACUUCCAUUGCUCGCUCAUCGGCUACUUCCUCGGACUGCUGACGGCGACCGUUAGCUCGGAGAUAUUCAAGGCGGCCCAGCCGGCGCUGCUCUACCUGGUGCCGUUCACGCUGCUACCGCUGCUCACCAUGGCGUAUCUCAAGGGUGAUUUACGUCGCAUGUGGAGCGAGCCGUUUAUAGUGCAGCAACAGUCCAAGCAUUUGGAAGUUUGACAGCUAUCCAGUUGGACGACCAGCCGACUCGCUCUAUUACGGAUCACGGAGCGCCUACUACUGUAGAGCUCCGUAGUAUAUAAGGCAUGUACCAAGGCGCACGGACGAUUGCUCUCCUUCUUCGAAUCCUAAUGUAGAUGUAUGCUAUAUGCCUUCGGCCACGGUUUCGAUUGAUUAAGUUGAUUUUCUUCGGAUAACGACGACGAGGACGACGAAGCGCUCCACUACGCUCGAAUGAUCGAACGACACCCGAAGAGCAGCAGCAGCUACUAUACUGCGCUGCAACGAGUGCAAUCGAUUCGUAUCACUUGGCACAUCCUUAAUUUUUCUUCACGGAGAAAAUACCGCAGGGAAAAAUAAAUGUAUACAUAUUUCGAAUUACGAUCAGCAAAGUUAUCUCGACUUUGUCGUAUGGUAGUAUUAUUAGGAUGAAAUGAUGAAAAAAAAAUUGUAAUUAUACAAACAAAAAUAUGAUUUCGGUGAAUCGCGUAAAGAUGGAUUCACGCCAUAUUGUUUGCAUUUAUUUAGUUUUAGCAUGAAAAAAAUAAAUUUGUUAAUUCGAGAAAGCAGGCACGAAUUUGCGCAGUAUUAAUCUUUAAUAAGGUUUUUCGUAAAAAAAAAUAAUAAUUUUAUGUUAAUAUUUAUGUUAAUGUACUCGAAAUACAUUUUUAAAUUUACGCGACAUCGUUAAAUAUCUUUGUACGCUUUCGAAAAAUGUAUGAAUCAAAGAACUUGUAAAAAAAUAACUUUUAAGUCGA